AUGCGCAGGCCUCUGCCCAAGAUCGCCUGGCACUUCCGAUAUAAACAGCUCCAGUCUUUGCUUCCCCAGAGUUGGCUGUGGGUCACGUUGCCACAUCACGAGUUUGGGAAGCUACACACUAUCUGCUUCAUCCUGCACACUGUUUACUUGGAAGUCCAUCCCACUGAAACCG